ACUUGCCUCACUUUUUCUUCUGGACAAACUGUUGUAGUGUUUCAACUUUCAACUAUGUUUAGGAGGAGUUGUGCUCGUUCUAGCUAACUACUGUUUUAGUGAGUGAGAUGUCGAGUCCAGGAGGACCCAGGGCUCGCUACCAGCCCGGCGUGGCCGAGGGGAGAGAUGUGGUCAUAACUCUGGACGAGAAGGGGUCACCAAGGACAGAGGUUGCAGGAGACAAGUCUACAGCAGCUCAAUGCUACAAGUUCACUAAAACGGACCCUGACAGCGUGCACGUUCAGGUUGAACCAACUGCUCCCGCACAAGAAACGCCGCCUCCCGCCUACAACGACACGAUAGACACCGAAGAUGCGCCAUCAAGACGUACGAAGUGCUGUGGCGGCCCGAGCAUGUCCACACGUGUCCUGCGGGUUUUUAAAGAACAUAAGAAGCCCAUCCUCAUCUCCUUUGGCUCGCUGCUUCUUAUUGGUUUUAUCGUGUUCCUGGGUUUCGCCAUCGACUAUUACCUGAAGUACGGCCUGGUGCCGGAUGGCUGUAAGAACCUGAUAGGGCUGGUGUCCAUCACGGGAGCCGUGCUGUUCCUACUGGCGUAUUACUGCAUCAGUCGCUUCUGUGGGGACGACAUCUACGAACACUGCCUGAAACACUGCUUCACUGUGAUGGGAAAUAUCUGGGUUAAGAGGGUUUUCUACGUCUUGUGUCUGAUUGGUUUGAUCUUAUGGAUCGCCCUGGACACAGCCCGGAACACCCAGAACUUGAUCUCAGGGGCAGGUCUGAUUGUGAUGGUCAUCUUUCUCUACAUCUUUUCCAAACACCCCGAUCAUGUGAAGUGGCGGCCAGUGCUAUGGGGUCUUGCCCUGCAGUUCAUUUUCGGGCUGCUGAUCCUGAGGACCCAGGUGGGCUUUGACGUCUUCAGGUUCAUGGGCGAGAAGUUCCAGUCCUUCAUCGAAUACGCUGACGUGGGGUCCAAGUUUGUGUUUGGCGAAAAGUACACGGACCAUUUCUUUGCUUUCAAGGUGCUGCCAAUCAUCGUGUUCUUCAGCAGUGUCAUGUCAGUCCUGUACUACAUCGGGGUCAUGCAGGUGGUGAUUGUAAAGAUGGCGUGGCUACUGCAGCGUACCAUGGAGACAUCCUCACCGGAGUCUAUCAAUGCUGCAGGGAACAUCUUUGUUGGCCAGACUGAUGCCCCGCUGCUGAUCCGACCACUGAUUAAGAACAUGACCAAAUCUGAACUACAUGCAGUGAUGACUGGAGGGUUUGCCACCAUAGCUGGAAGUGUGCUGGGUGCGUACAUUGCAUUUGGCGUCCCGCCCACCCAUCUCCUGACGGCAUCAGUUAUGUCGGCUCCGGCAGCCCUGGCCGUCUCCAAACUCUUCUACCCAGAGACAGAGGAGACCAUGCGGCUGGAUGACAAUGUGGAGUUGGGGAAAGGUGAUGAGAGGAAUGUGAUUGAAGCCGUGGCCCAAGGCUCUCAAAUCGCCAUCUCUCUUGUGGCAAACAUCGCAGUGAACCUCAUCUCCUUCUUAGCUCUGCUGGCCUUCUUCAACGGCAUUCUGUCCUGGGUAGGCUGUAUGGUCGGCUAUGAGAUACUGUCUUUUGAGAUCAUCUGUUCGUAUGUCUUCAUGCCGCUGGCAUUCAUGAUGGGUGUAGAGUGGAAGGAUUGUCGUCUGGUUGCAGAGCUUAUCGGCAUCAAAACCUUCCUCAAUGAGUUUGUUGCGUACGAAGCCUUGGCCAAAAUCAUCAACAACAGAGUAACUGGUGCUGAUGGCGUUACAAUGACCGUCAGGUCAGAGGUCAUAGCAACCUACGCGUUGUGUGGCUUCUCCAACCUUGGGUCGAUGGGGAUCAUGUUGGGCGGACUGGGAGCCAUGGCACCCAACCGGGUGGGCGACCUGGCAGAAAUGGUGGUCAGGGCCCUAAUCGGGGGAAGCAUUGCAUGUUUCAUGACUGCAUCAUUAGCAGGAAUGUUGUACCAGGAACCAGCGGCUAUGAUCAUGGCUGCUACCAACGCAACUCUUAAUGCCACACUCAAUGCAACAGCCAAUCCAAAUGCAACUGUUCUGCCAACAGUCUUCACCUUUCUCACCAGCCCAAACCCAUAAACACCUUUGUGACUUUCUGACAAAGGUGAUAUUUGACACCUGAACAGUGCCUGGAUUUUGUGCCUUCAAUUACUGUAAAAGUUUUUCUAACAAUUAAAAUAGACAGUAAUUUUUGUUUUGAAUUUAGGUGCAUACGACCAUAGGAUUUACUAAGGCAUCAGAUGAUAGGAUAUUGUGAAUUUCAAGCUGCAAUUCUCAAAAAAUACAAAAGAAUGCCUUCCUAUUCCCAUAUGCAAUGUUAAUGCUGUCAGUUUCUCAAUCAAUGUUAAUUACUUUGCCAGGGGUUUAUAAAAAGUUGUGCGACAUGACUAAAGUGGUCCAAUUUCAAGUUCUGAUAACUUAUUAGUGACUUCAAGGACGUUAUGGGCUUGAACUGCCUACAACUAUCCAAUCAUAACAAAUUGCUGGGAAUUGACCAAUCAGACUUCAACACUGAGUUGAUUGACCAAUCACUACUGUGUAUGGACAAUACUGAGAUGAUUGGCCAAUCACAACUGUGUAUGUCUUGAAUUAGUCGGAUCACAAUUCAGGUGAAUUGACCAAUUACAAUUGGAGGUACAGUUGAUGAUAGGUUCUGGCAUAUAGCUAACUUUGUAUUGGUUUCAAUUGCCCCCUUGACAAUUGACCAAUCACAAUUUGACCAGUUGCAAUUGAAAAUAGAGGAAGUAUUUCUGGCUGGUAAUUUUGUUAGCAGUUAAGUUACCUUUCAAGCUAAAGCUCUUACUAAUGUUGCAUUGACAAUCAAUACAAUGCUUUUAUUUCUUAACCUAUCAAAUUUAAUGAAAAGGAUACUGUAUAUUUUGUUACUAAUGCAAAGGGAAUUGAAGCUUUACAAGUGCUAGUUCACUGCCUUUAAUACUUAACUGUGGGUACUUAUUUUAUGAGUGUGUAUUCUAGCUUUGUGAUAUUGUUUUUAUUUUAAACAUGCUCAUGUCAAAAUCUUCUUUGAUUAGUAAAUCUCUGUGUGUUUUAGUAACUUAAAAGCCAUAAUGUCAUAUGACAUGAAUGCAAUAUAUGCUAUAUGUGCUGCUUAAAAACUGAUUUUCAAGCUCUGUUUGUCUUUUACUCACAUGGUGUAUUUUAGUGUAUGUUAACUUUUAAACCUUUAUCAGUUUUUUAUCAGACUUUUUCCUCCAUUUCAUUAUGCAUAUUUAGAGCAUUUUCAUUGCACUGCCAAUAAUUAUGUGGCAUAAACAAUAUGAUAUAGAGUAGUUCAAAUUCACUUUGAAAUAUGCUGAUCAGAAAAUGAAACAAAAAUUACAAAAUUUAGAGACUAGACCUAUAUGAAGGAACAAACUCUAUAUUUUCAAAAUGAACAAAAAUAUAUGUACAAAUUAAUUUUCUGAUCCAAUUUUUUUAAAAUAAAUUUUACCCAAGAUUUGAAUUAUGUCUUCCAACUGUAUGAAAUAACAUCAAAUGUCCGUAGAUUUUUAAUAUAGACUAGCAAAAACUGAAACAUGUAUUUUCAUAUCCUGUACAGCCCUAUGUCUGCAGAAUAAAAUUUUCAAGGAUCUGGUGGAAAA